AUGGCAGGGCUGCCCCAGCCCGAUCUCCGACCGAGCGAACGUGGAGCAACCGUGAUGCUACGCGCGGCGGCGAUGACCGCGACGCCUAUCGCUCUCGUUCUCCUGGUGUCGACCGUUCGCACUCGCGCCGAAGAUCCCGAUCUCCCAAUGCUACCGACCGGUAUGGGCCUAGAGCUCGGAACCGCGAUGAGUAUUCAGCCCCUCGCGACAGAGGGGAUGACCGCUCACGGCGAGUCGGAUCCCCGCCGGCCAAUAUCGACCGAUACGUCCCAGGACAAGAACACGCACCGCCCAUGGUGGAGGAUGAAUGAAAAGUUGAAAGAGGAAAAGGAGCGCGUCAAGAAUGGUCGUCGACGGGAGCCAGAGAGACCCCGUGGGCCUCAGCAGAUCCAAGAGGAGCGAGAGAAGGAAAAGGUCAAGAUCCAGGCCGCCUACGACGCUUAUAAAGAGGAACUCCAAGCGAAGAUGGCCCGGACAUUCGUCGGUGAGCAUAAGAAGGAGCAAUGGUUCCGGGAGCGUUAUGUGCCCGAGGUUCGCGACUCCUUCAGACAACAGCUGAACGAAUUCCGAAGAGGGCUAUACUCCAGUUGGGAGCAGGAGCUCGAUUCGGGCAUGUUUGACGACUUCUCACUUGAGGGCCUGCCAAAAGCGAAAGCAAUGGAGCUGAUCCUGGGCGUUGGCGACCUUGUUCCUGCGAAUGGGGCGGAUAUUCGAGACGAUUCAUUACUCCUGCCGACCUUGCUCAUCAAGACAAUUGCGCCCCACGUUAGCCGACAGAACCUAGAGUCUUUCUGCAAAGAGCAUCUCGGCGAAGGUGAUGGGGGUUUCAGAUGGCUAUCCCUGUCCGACCCCAACCCCAGCAAGCGUUACCACAGAAUCGGGUGGGUCAUGCUUCACCCCGUCCCCGCCCCCGUCUCCACCGCUGAAAAGGCCCUGGAUGCGGUGAAUGGCAAGACAGUCAAGGACGAGGUCAGAGGAGACUUUGUUUGCCACGUAGGUGUACACAAUCCGCCAAAGGAACCGAGGAAGAAGGCGCUCUGGGACCUCUUUUCUGCCCCGGAACGCAUCGAGAAGGAUCUAGAUUUGGCUACUAAGCUCGUCAGCAAGCUUGAGGAAGAUUUCGGCUCUGAUUUCAAAGCCGUGUUGAAGAUUGAGGAGAGAGUGGAUGAGCUGAAGCACCUUGGGCGCCUGCAGGCAGCAGCGCCUGUCGCAAAAGCGAAGAAGACGAAGAAGCAGAGGCAACUAGGUAUGGACGAAGCGCUCGAUGACGAGGGCGAGGAGGAAGAGGGCGCCAUGGAUGAGGAUGAGGAAGAAGAAGGCGCGGUGGACGAGGACGAUGAUGUCGAUGAUGAAGAUCUCAUCAUCAAGAAGAAGCAACUUGAUCUGCUGAUCGAGUACCUCCGCCGCCACAUUGUCUACCUCGUCAAGGCGGUUGCCCGUGCUACGGUCAACGGGGAACCUUUUCCAGGCAAGAAGCGUAGCGAGGCGCCGGAGGAAGGCGAGGCUGAAGUUCAUGAAGGAGACAAAAGUUCCGCACGGCGUCGGCGAAAGCGGAACAACAACUCUUGCGGGCCUAGGGGCCGUCCCAUUGAGCAAGCGCUCGAUGAUGAGCUCGCCAAGUUUGUCAAACAAGAGGAUGAACACAAGUGGCGCUGCAAGAUACCCGACUGCACAAAACUGUUCAAGGAAGAACACUUUUGGCGGAAGCACGUUGAGAAGAGACACGCGGAAUGGCUCGAUGGCCUAACCGGAGAGUUUGAACUGAUCAACGCCUACGUUUUGGACCCAUCCCAUAUUGCCCCGUCUCGUACGGAUGCUAACUCCAACGGGCAUUUCCCUCAGGCCAAUGGCCAAGGAAACUCUGGAACGCCGCGCGGAUUCAACUUGCAAAACUUUGCCAUGGGUGGGAUGAUGAGCAUGCCCGGGUUCCCCAUGCCAACAGGCCCGUUCCCGCCCUUAUUUGUCGGCCAUCCCAUGCCGGCGGGUAACUGGAACGCGGCGGGAGAUGACCGUGGAGGUCAAGGAGGCCAAGGACCAAUCCGUCGGGGUGGAAUGCAUGGCGGACGGGGUGGGGCAUAUCGUAGCGGACCCUAUGACCGCCGGGGAGGAGGUCGCUGGGACGGAUCUCAUUCUGGUGGCAGGAACCGAGGAGGCGGCGGUCGCUGGGGAGAUGGCGCCGCAGGGGCCGCCGUCGGCCCCAGAGAGGCGGUGCAGGGACGCAGCCUGAAGAGUUACGAGGACCUUGACCACGCUGCCGGUGGCGGUGGCGGCGAGCUGAACUACUAG